AUGGGCGCUUCCGUGGUCCAUCCCUUGGUGUCCACCCUCCCGUCCGUCAAGCCAUUCCUCGUCGGCAUGCGCUUCUGGAGCGUCGUGCUACUCCUCGUGGCCAGCCUCGCCGCCUGUCUCGCCCAGGUCGACGCUGAUGAUCCGUACCAGAUCCUGCGGGCGAUGCGGGACGACCAGGUGAUACGUGAAUUCUUCUUGGAACCGGAGAUGAGAUCGAUCAAGCGAGGCCACGGCCCACGGCCACUCCGAAAAUCCCGACCCCGCGCCACGACCACAAUACCGUCGCCCCUCACUCCGAAAAUGGCCCGAAUCACCCCCUCUCUCACCCGCUUGCCCACUGUCCUGUCGCUUUUUGGAGAA